UGGUGGGGACGCGGGGGGGUGGUGGCGGCCGGGCCCGGCCGGGCCGGGCCGUGCGCGGCGUCCCCGCCAUGGAGAUGGAGAAGGAGUUCCACCGGCUCGACCAGGCCGCCAGCUGGGCCGCCAUGUACCAGGGUAUAUACAUAGAAGGAAACUGACAGUUACGGAGAAUGCAGUAUUUGCCACGUGCCAAGUGAUGUUAAAUUCAAACAGAAAUAGUCCCUGACAUCAGGCAUGAAGCCAGUGAUUUUCCAUGUAAAGUGGCCAAACAUCCCAGAAACAAAAACAGAAAUAGGUACAGAGAUGUCAGCCCCUUUGAUCACAGUCGAAUUAAGCUAAACCAAGGUGACAAUGACUAUAUCAAUGCUAGUUUGAUAAAAAUGGAAGAGGCCCAAAGGAGCUACAUCCUUACCCAGGGACCUUUGCCAAAUACUUGUGGUCACUUUUGGGAGAUGGUUUGGGAACAGAAAAGCCGUGGUGUUGUCAUGUUGAACAGAGUGAUGGAAAAGGGAUCCGUAAAGUGUGCGCAGUACUGGCCACGGAAGGAAGAAAAAGAAAUGUUUUUUGAAGAUACAAACUUGAAACUAACCUUGAUAUCUGAAGAUAUAAAAUCGUAUUACACAGUACGACAGCUAGAAUUGGAAAACCUUACAACGCAGGAAACUAGAGAGAUUCUGCACUUUCAUUAUACUACGUGGCCUGACUUUGGAGUCCCGGAGUCACCUGCUUCAUUCCUCAAUUUCCUCUUCAAAGUGAGAGAAUCUGGCUCACUUAACCCUGAGUAUGGACCCGUUGUGGUGCACUGCAGUGCAGGAAUCGGAAGAUCGGGAACUUUCUGUUUGGUUGAUACAUGUCUUCUGCUGAUGGACAAACGGAAAGAUCCUUCUUCUGUGGAUGUUAAACAAGUUCUCCUAGAAAUGAGGAAGUACAGAAUGGGACUUAUACAGACAGCAGAUCAGCUUCGUUUCUCCUACUUAGCUGUUAUUGAAGGAGCAAAAUUCAUUAUGGGAGAUGCUUCAGUGCAAGAACAGUGGAAAGAGCUCUCCAAUGAAGACCUGGACCCACCACCAGAACACACCCCACCACCUCCCAGACCACCAAAGCGAACCUCAGAAAUGCACAAUGGAAGGAUGCAUGAACAUGCGGAAUUCUUUCCUAAGCAUGAAGUGGCAGAGGAAGAGAUUAGUUGCUCAGUCAGCACUGUGGAAGAGAUGGUUCCAGAUGGCAGAGCUUGUUCGUCUGUGCCAGUGAUCACGGACAGCACUAGUCAAGACACUGAAAUUCGGAGGAGAACUGUUGGUGAAAAUCAGCAUCUCUCGCCCCACAAAGAAGAGUCGAUGAAGUCAGACAACUUAGAAGAGGAUGAUGAGAACAUGAUGACAACUUGGAAGCCAUUUCUAGUGAAUAUAUGCAUGUUCACCUUCCUCACAGCAGGGGCUUAUCUUUUUUACAGGGUAUGUUUUCAUUGAUGGACAUGCCAGCACGAAUGACCCUGCAGAAAACACCAACGAUUUGAUCGGUUUGUAAUAAGCUUCUGUGAAAGAAAGCUAAUUGAGGCAUCGGAGCCUUGUCUCAGUGGAGAUAGAUCUUAGGUUACAAGGCCGGAACUUUGGUUAGGGCUUAAGAGAGAAUUGAUGCACUAGGGUUUUAUCUAGCCCUGUGGUCCCAAGAACAUAAUAUUCUAAUCUCAGGGCCUUAAAAUAUUCAGGAGUAAGCAAAGAAAAUGCCAAAUAGUCUGUUUUCCUUUUUUUCUUUUUUUUAAACUAAGUAAUAGAAUUACAACACAUUGUUGUUUUUAGCCUUUUUUAAAAAGCCAGUUCUUUUUCUUUCAUGUUUCAGAAAAACUAGGCACAAGUGAAACUUGCUUGUACUCUCCAAGUGUUGUAAUCAAAUACAUGAGUUAUAUUGAUGAGUUCCCCCCAAAAAAGAAAAAUAAACCCACAUACCUGAAGAAUGUAAACUUUUUGAAGGGGGGGAGGGACGGGGGCAGUUGUGGUUGGGUGGUUUUUUAGUUUUGUUUUGUAACUUGCUUCAUCUGUUAAAGACUGAGUUGUGGGCAGUGCCUGUGGUAUUGAUAUAUUUAAUCUUGGCAUAACUGUUCUUAAAGAGCUUAUUGUUUUACAUGUGUUUAUAGAAACAGGCUUCUGCAUUUGCUCAGGGUAUCCCAACAUGUCAAGCUCUUUUUUCGUUUUUUCUUUUUUCUUUUUUUUUUUUGGAAAUAAGUGUAUCUUCUCAUUGACUUUUGUUGCACUCUACUUGCACAUAUGUCUAUUUACAUUGCACCAUCCUUUGUAAAGCUGUUUUUACUUUUAUAUUCUGGGUUAGGAGAAGGUGAGGGGAGGGAGAGAAACAGGAAACGGAAUUCAACCAAAACAUGUCCACCAGCAUUUUGCAGCUGUUCAGUUGGCAUUGAGAAGGACCAGUUCUUAAACCUCAUCAUUUGGAAUGUAAAAUGCAGUUUCACUCUACAUCUGUACAUCUGCUUCAUAAGGAAUAGCAUGCUUCCUCCAGCGGCUGGAGAGGUAACGUGCUCAGAGGCAGUGCGGGUAACGAACAGGAAGGCGUUUCAAGAAAUCCAGAGCAAUUAAUGCUGUGGCAGCUUCCUUAAGAAGUAAAAAGCUCAACAGAAGACAUGUUGGUCUGAGAAUGUAUCAGCUGGCUUAUGAUGCAAGCAUUUGCGUGUUCUGCUUCUUUAAAGCAAAGAUUUAAAUUACUGGCUUAGUUUGGCUCAAAGAUGCACUGUUUAGUGAUUGUGGGACAUGGUGGUGUUGGUGGGUAAGUCUUGCACCUCUGCAGACAGGGUUGUCGCUGUCCUAACGUGAGUUGGGUGGGUUUGUCCUGUGCCGUGCUGCAUCUGAAUUGUUUCGCUCAGUUGGUGAAAACGUAAAGUGCUUGUAAAUAAGGGUUUGGGUGCACUGGUGGAACCGUGACUGGAAGCCUGCGUUGCACUGAACAGUCUUAGUCAAUGCUGUUCCUCGCAUUAGUACCAAAUUAUUAUUGUUUAAACAACAGCAGCAAAGACUUCUUUGCUGAUGUCAUGGGGCAGAAGAUGAGAGUCAAUUCACUACUGAAAGGUGUAGUGAAUGAAACUAAUCCAUGACAACUGGUUUGCAACAGUGUUAAUAAUCAGUUCUUUUUAUCUUUAAAUGCUUUCUAGAUUUAUAGCACUUAACCACCAUUCUCAGUGCAGACAUCACUAUGGAGUAUCUUAUGUAAGUCUCUUUCCACUCCAUAUUUAUUUUUGCAAAACUGUCUGUAGUGUAGCUCUUCUCCUUCAGUGAAUAAGGUGGUAAACUGGGGGGGUGGGAGUUGUUUCUAUUUUGUGUUCUGUCAAGCUUGCAUCAAGGGCUUUUCACAAGUACAAUAAUAAAUCCUCAGGUAGUACUGGGAGUCAAUACUUUACCUGUGAGACUGUUGGUCAGACCAGUACUGGAAAGGAGGAAUGUUGUAAUCAGUCAAUAUUUAGUUAUAUUAUUGGAAUCAUGAAAAAUGAGUAUAGAAAAAUGGUAAUAUAUAACAGCUCAUCUGUGUAUUUAAGAUACAGUACGUGAUUGCUUUGUCCCCACUAUUCUCUCCAUCAUCUGGUAGAAUAUUGUUCUAAAGCAACAUUUGUACAUCAUUUGUAUUAAAAUGCAUGUAAAGUCUUUAAGUGUCCUGAUUAAAUACCACGUGCUUGAAAGGUGAAAGAACUUAUAUUUCUGCUUACUGAUGUGCCCAAAUUAUAUUUGCAUGAACUGAUCAUUAAGUGGCUGUGGUUCAAAGGGUGUUGCUGAAAGUCUCUUCGUUCAGCGAUAGAUUGAUUUGGUGUUUAUCAGAUAACAUGUACUCGCCUAAUACUUGGCAUGACUUCCUCUUGAAUUUCUGCGUACUCAGUGUAACCCGGUUGUUUAGCAUGGUUCAUUUCAGCUGAGUAACUAUAGUACAGACAUUCCAGAGUGUUUAGUAAGCCGUAUCCACACCUCACCUCUGGUCACUUGAGGUGAGUGAUACCUCAGUGAUUGCUGGGUAUGACUUUGCUGCCUGCAGAGCUGCACUGGAGGAUGAGGAGGAAAACCUUUUUCGCAAGAUCUCAAUAGCAUGCUUUGAGCUGCAGAAAUAGAGGCUCUUGAAAUGGUGCCCCCCCCGCAAGCUAUGCUGUUCCCAAGAAGGAAAGCUUUAAAUUUUAGGCUUGACAGUAAAAUAAAGCAUCUUCCUUUGAAUCCGGAAUAAUUCACUUGCACUGUUUUUGCAAAUUAUUCUAGUAAGAGACGCUUCCUGCAGAGGAAGUUUUGAACACCCCUCCCCUCCUUUUCUGCCAACGUACUUUGCUAUUUCUUUCAUCUGCUCCAAAUCCAGGAGAAUUGACACUGUCCUGGGAUAGACAGUGAAGUAGCCCACAAGACCAGUGAGGUGUGUAUAAGGCUUAUAAUACUGAACUGUAAACAUUUUUGUUUUGAUGUCUUGUAUAUGUAUGUAGUAGUUCGGGUGUGUAUAUACAGUAGCACUUCAAAGUGGGUGUAUUGGUUAACCUAUUCUUGGAAAAUGGACAAAUAUCCAUGUUAAACUUGUUAGAAAGUUAGUGAGCUGCUCUGCUAUAUGCCUUAAGCAAAUAUUUACUCAUCAGGUCUUUCUUUUUUACAGAUUGCCAUAGACUAAACUUUUUUAAAAAAAAAUAAAAAGCAAAAAAGCUAAAUGUUUUGGUAUAAUACAUUUUCAGGUAUCUUGUCUUUUGUGUAAGCCACUGCAAAGACCUCAGAGGUUAGAGUAAAAUUGUACAGUUUUUCAAUUUCCCAUCCAAGUUUUCAGUUCUCAUUUUAGUUGUUACAAUAAAAUUUUUUUUUUUAAAG